AUGGAUAGCUAUCUGGGAUUGGCAGAGCACAAACUGAAACCCCGUAGCGUGGUUGACGCAUUUUCUAAUCGCACAGGAACAGUGAAAAAACGACCGGUACGCGUACCACCACCUCAGUCGCCUAAACCAAGAUCAGUUUCGCAGGCUUCCGCCGUCGUAGACGGCACCGGACAGUUCCAUUAUCUGCUGGAAGAGCAUCUUGCGGUCGUGGAGAAAAAUAAGCGACUCGAAAUGAGAAACUCUUUGCUAGAAGAGGAGAACACGAAACUCAAAUCCGACAUCGAUAACCUACGAGGUGCCUACGAGGAGUUGCAGGAAAACCUCGGAAGUGGGACGUCCAAAUCCUUCGAUACCGGCAAAUUGCUCGUGCACUUGAAGCUAAAGCGGCGUGCUGAUAAAGAAACCCUUGAGAAGCGCAACAUAAUCAAGAAUGAGGCCUGCUUCAAUACAUACCUUCAGCAUGUCGACAUGGUGGAGAACAUACGAAUUCCGCGGAUCAUUCAUGAGUGCGUGACGGUGCUGGAAACGAACGAGAAGUUUAUGCGAACCACAGGCCUGUAUCGGAUGUCGGGAAAUCAUAAAGAAAUCCAGAAGCUGCGCUACGCCAUCAACGCAGGCGAUUACAAGACACUUCGCAAGCAGAAAUCCCCCCAUGAGGUAUGCGGCAUACUGAAGCUGUUCCUACGCGAGCUAAAGGACCCUUUGAUACCGUUGGAGACAUGUAACCGCAUCAUUCCUUCGGUUUGGCUUGGCUCUACAACCUGGCCACUAAUUAGACGCGCUAAAGUGCGCUUACUGUAUAGCGCCCUUGAUGAUGUUCGACAGAAUACGCUAAAAUUUCUUAUGAAACAUCUGCAAAGAGUUGCUACCAUUGAAGAAAAUGAGGUGGACACUGUGUCGUUAGGUGUACUGUUUUGUUCAAUUAUCUUCAACGAAACUCUGGCUGAUGUAUGUCCUGUGCGAUUCCAGCAACUCACCGUUAUACCAAAAGAAUGUAUAAUAGUCAUGAUAGAGGAUUACGAUAACAUUUUCUCGUGAUAAAACGUGAUGCACCUGAACCUUGUUACGGUGCUUAUGUUGUGAAAUAUGGAAUCAUCUGAACUCCAGUGUGACUACUAUUGUUGAAGCCAACGUAUCAAACAUAAAUGAAACAAAAAUAUCCCUUUACUCUUGAACAUCGCAAAUUCGUCAACUGUAAGCUGUGCAGUGUAAAGAACUUGUUAUUAAUACAUAAUUAAGAGUAACACGUAGCCUUAGCGUUAUAUUAAAAAAAAGAACUGCAAUCUAUAUUGUUAAUGUUUAGUGAUUCAUAAUAAUAGAAGGACAAAAAGCAACAACAUAUAUUUAUUCAGAAAGCGUUGAAUAACACUUUGAUAGCCGAAGUCAUAACGAAACGCAGUCUAAUGCAUAGUCCAAUUUGUAUUGGAAUUAAACAUUCAGGGAGUGGUUGAUUAAAACCUUUAAGAAAUUUAUUUUUUUCCUGAAUGUCUGAGACAACGUUUAGUUUAGCAAUGUUUGGCAAAAAUGUGUAACAUUUGGGAAGAUUAUUUUGCAAUACAGUACCGGUAAUAGUAAACUAAUAACAGCAAUGCAGUUUUAGAAAUGAUUUUUUGCACUUUGCUUAAAUUUAUGA